CAGGCGAUCGCUCGUGCGGUGGAUACGGUGAAAAUAAAUACGACUAGUACGAUUAUUAUUUUGGACAGACUGCUGCCGUCGCCAAAAAGUGUUAGAAAAACUUUGUAAAAACAGCAAAUAAUAAUAUAUUUGAGUUAAACCACCGUCGCACCGCCGCAACUCUUGCCAGUUUGCCGUCCCGCCUUAAAACUUAUACCAUUUGCAGCGCUUUGGGUAACCAAGUGUAACCAAACAAAAUAAAACACCAACAACAACAGCAACAACAACAACAAAAAAAUUGUUUAUUAUUGAAUUUGCAACGAAAAGCCGUCAAAAUUGGUUACCUAACGAAAACUUCGUUUGUACUACGGGAAGGCAAUAGAGACGACGACAUGGGCUUCAGUUCGCGCAUGGACUGCUGCGGGCAGUUCGUCAAAUACAGUUUGUUUAUAGCAAACUUUGUGAUGUUUGUGGGCGGCGCAAUUGUAUUCUGUUUGACUUUGUGGACGCUAGUGGAUCGCAGUUUCGUUAAUGAGCUGUUGGGCACGAACCUUUUCUCUGGAGCUGUCUAUGUGCUGCUGGUCACGUCAGUUAUUAUUUGCUUGGUUUCCUUCUUAGGCUGUGUGGGUGCUGGCAAGGAAGUCAAGUGCUUGUUAUUAACGUAUUUCAUAAUUGUGGCUUUGGUUUUCGUCACCAUGCUAAUCGGCGGCGUUUUGGGCUAUGUUUUUCGUGAGCGAGUGCAGCAAACUAUGCGACAGGAAAUGCGCUCCACCAUGGCCUUGUACGGCAGCCGUAGAGAGAUUACACAAGCUUGGGAUUUGACGCAGGAGCGUUUGCAGUGCUGUGGCGUGGACACCUGGCACGACUGGAAUCGUUAUGGUCCUGUGCCAGAGUCCUGCUGUCAGGAGCUGUUUGGUGGCCAGCGCAAGGAGUGCACACUCUUUCCCACCAUAACAAAUCUGUACAAUCAGGGCUGUCUAUAUACGGCGACCAAUUUCAUUCGUGAUCAUGCGGCAGUUAUAGGCGGCACAUCCAUAGCGGUAGCCAUACUCAUGAUCUUUGGCAUGAUAUUCUCCUGUUUGCUAUUCAAUAUGAUUGAAUAGCGCCACAUUGGAGUAGCUGCCGCUACUGCUGCUGCUGCCUCAAUAAACACAAAGGAGACCCAUUUAUAAAUAAAUCCCAAGGUAUUGUCUUAGUGUGAGCACAGAGCUGCGUCUGUCUGUGCUCUGUAUUAUGUUUAUAGAAUUAUGUACCUUAAUUGUAUACUAAUAGUAUAUACCUACAUAUAUAUAUGUAUUUACAACGUUAUAAAUGAUUGAUAAUUGUUAGCAACGGUUGAACUAAUUUUGUAUUAUCCUUUUAUAUGUUUUGCUGUAAUCUAAGUACCAAAAAAGAAAUGAAAUUUAAAUGUUUGUUAUAUAAUAAGUAUUUUUGCUACUACUUACUGUUUAUAAAGAAUCUAAGAGCCAAAAAAAUAAUUUGCAUCAAGCAAACAAGAUCUAAAUUAUGACAAUAAACCACUGUCGUUAAAAUUUAGACUCCCACACUAA